ACGAAGAAGUCUGUUAAAUGACUUGGUUCCAUAAUAUGGGCGUCAUAAUGUCGCAUAAUAUAACUAUACAGCACACUUGUACGGCAAGCGCGUAUCCGGAAAUGUGUAUUACGGUACUCCACAUUCCGACGUGGUCCUAAUUAUAUAAAUCUUAUCUAACCUUAUCAUGGAACCGAUGAUAAUACUUUGUCGAUCGAUGACGCAUCUACCACAUGUACCGCAGGCAUAUAAUAUAUCAAUUUCGGCGGUUGUCGCGAUCGUAAGCUGUCGCAAGAUUUCGGCAAAUAUGUUGCCGAUAAACCGAGGAAACGAACCGAGGAUUAGCGUCUUUGACACGUACUAUGACGACAGCAGCUCUGAAUUCGAUGAAACUGAAGAAGAGAGUUCGCAGAAAGACGUUCCGCCGUGGGACGCGUUCGAAUGUCUUCCUCCUCCACCAGAAAGUGGAUCUAUGCGAAAUAACAGGUUUUUCGAGAUCGUUAUUUGGAUCUUAAAGCUGUUCAUUUAUGGAUUGUUAUUUACUAUCGUUUUAUGCAGCGGCAUCGCGUCUAAAUUAGCUGUUCUAUUGGCCACCGCGCAGCUACGAAAGAAUGAAUCGUUGCUCUCUUAUAAUCGUAAUCUAGAGAAGGAGGAGCUGGAGGCGCUUUUUACCGAACACACGCAGGAUGACCGUAUAAAAUGGACGUGGUGUCUGAUUUUCAUAUUUCUCGUGCCGGAAUGCCUCGGAGUGUUGAAUACUUUGUGGCACUAUCUAUUCAAGGGGAAACCAAGAAUGCCAAAGAAACGAAACAUUCUGCUCAUGAUUCUGCUGGACACGCUCCACACGAUCGGUUUAGUCUUGUUGACUUUUGUCAUUCUACCGGAAAUCGGUGCGGUACAAGGCGCCGCCAUUUUCUGUUGCCUAUGUUUCGUCCCAGGAUUGUUGAAUCUACUUUCGCGAAAUAAAUCAAGUCAAAAUGUAUCGGCAAGCAAAUUAAGAUUGCUAAAAAUUGUUGACGCACUGGCAUUGACCGCCCAAGUUAGCGGAAUGUUGUGGCCUUUGAUCCUUAAUAUCGAGCACGACGUCGACGCAACGUUGAUGUGGCUUUCUCCCGUUGCUCUUGUCUUAUGCUCGAGUCGCUGGUGGAGCAACUUUGUGUCGUCCCACAGCAACAUCGGUCUAGUGCGAUUCUUAUUCCGUGCGAAAGAAGAUCUUCAAUCAGGCCAGCACGUCGUACAAGGAUAUGUCUCCCUUUGGAGGAUAUUCAUUUUCAUCACGGGUGCUCUCGUUGUUAACGUAUGCGAAGGAAUAGAUGCCAGAAGCUUUUUCUCACCGAGAUUCACUAUCCCUACACCCCUUUAUAUCUUUGCCAUUCAAGCUGCUUGCGCCAUGAUGAUGUAUCAGUCUUGUAAAUUCGCUUACAGAACUCAUAUGCACCAGUUUGGUUUCGCAUUUCCAACGACACUGGCUAGUCUGGGAGCGGUGUGUUUGAUUGUGACAUUGUGCAACAAUAAGGACAUCUUUCGCAACGUUACAACGGACUAUCUUUUCUUCGAGGACGUCCUGUUUGGAAAUUGGGACGACGUUCUUUCCAGCUGGUACAUUUGGUUCUGGCUUACAUGGCUGAUGUCGCAGAUAUGGAUCACGAUGCACCUAUGGACCACCGAAAACGAAAGACUGGCGCUAGCUGAAAGAAUUUUCUCCAUCAUCACUUACGAUUCGCUUAUGAUUGACCAAUGUUUAGCUUUAAAUAGAAGGACGCAGAAUGAAAAUAUCGAUCGAGACGCACGGAUCCACGCGCGCGAGGAGAAGCACAAAGAUGCUCCACUUGCAAAUGGUGACCCAAGACUCGAAGCUACCGAUAUUAGCUUGGACGUUGGAAGAAUCGAACGAGACCUUGACAAAGAUGAUCCGGAGGAUAUGACGACGAUCGAUAAACAUAAAGAUCGAGUGACGAGGAUUUACGCGUGCGCUACAAUGUGGCACGAAGAGAAGAACGAAAUGAAUCAUUUGGUAGGCAGUAUUCUGCGAUUGGACAAGGACCAGUGUGCGAUACGCGUCACGCAGAGAUAUUACAAGGUUCACAUCGAGGACUAUUACGAAUUGGAAACACACAUUUUCUUCGACGAUGCAUUUUGCUGCAUGCACGGCUGCGUUGAUUUGUGUACGCACGAUGAAAAUGAGACGCAAGUCAAUCAAUAUGUGAUUACGCUGGUGGAGACGGUCCAAAAAAAUGUGGAGAACUUGUGCAUGCGUUCUUUGCCGCCUACUAAAUAUCCGACGCCUUACGGGGGUCGUCUUGUGUGGACGUUGCCAGGAAAAACUAAAUUGGUAGUUCACCUGAAGGAUAAAAACAAGAUUAGACACAGAAAACGGUGGAGUCAAGUCAUGUAUAUGUAUUAUCUUUUGGGCUAUCGUCUAAUGGGACUACCGAUCGACGUAGAUCGGAAAGAGACUAUUGCCGAGAACACGUACAUUCUUACAUUGGACGGAGAUAUCGACUUUCGACCGGCCGCGGUUAAAGUUCUGGUGGAUCUGAUGAAAAAGGAUAGAGAUCUUGGUGCCGCGUGUGGGCGAAUACAUCCGGUCGGAUUAGGUCCAAUGGUUUGGUUCCAAAAAUUUGAAUACGCUAUUGGCCACUGGUUGCAAAAAUCUACGGAACAUACGAUCGGUUGUGUUCUGUGCAGUCCUGGCUGUUUUUCGCUCUUUAGAGCGAAAGCGUUGAAGCAGCCUAACGUGAUGGCGAAAUAUGCCACCAAGUCUACCGAAGCCAGGCAUUACAUUCAGUAUGACCAAGGUGAGGAUCGAUGGCUCUGUACAUUGCUUCUCCAAGUAGGUUCACGGGUCGAAUAUUCGGCAGCGAGUGAUGCGUAUACACAUGCACCAGAAGUCUUUAGAGAUUUCUACAUUCAGCGACGCCGUUGGAUUCCCUCCACUGUCGCAAAUAUUUUCGACUUGUUGAUGACUUCUAAAGAGACGAGGAAGGUGAAUAACGAUAUCUCGUGGCUGUACAUUGCUUAUCAAUGGAUUCUAAUGGGGAGUACAAUCCUGGGACCAGGUACAAUAUUUUUGAUGCUGGUUGGCGCGUUUGUCGCCGCGUUUCAUAUCGACAAUUGGACCAGUUUCUGGUACAAUCUAAUCCCAAUUGGCGUGUUUGUCGGAGUUUGCUUCGUCUGUAAGGAGCGCAUGCAGUUGAUAGUAGCCGAGAUUAUCAGCGCUAUAUAUGGCCUAGUGAUGAUAGUCGUCCUAGUAGGAAUUAUGUUGCAAAUCGCCGAAGAUGGAUGGCUUGCACCCAGUAGUCUUCUCUUUUUCAUUGUCGCGUGCCAAAUGACAGUAGCUGGUCUGUUACACCCUCAGGAAGCGACUUGUUUACUGUGCGGUGUUAUUUACUACAUCACUGUGCCGUCUAUGUACAUGUUGUUAAUUAUCUUCUCCGUCUUCAACGUGCAUAACGUUACAUGGGGCACGCGUGAUUCCAAGAAACCGAAUGUCACUCUUCAAGAUGAGCAGAGAUCCGCAGCAAUCAGCAAUCUAUCCGGGUUCGUGAUAGGAAAGAGAAAUAAGCAAGACAAAAAUGAAAAAGGUACAUUGGAGUUUUCCUUGGGGAAUCUUCUCAAAUGUGUUUGCUGUAUUAAUUCAGGAGUUAGUUAUGAAGAGAAGCGAUUGAAUGAAAUCAACGAGUCUCUACAACAGAUGAACAAACGUCUCAACUUACUAGACAGAUUACAUACAAUAAACAUGGAAACUAACAACGUUGCCACAUCAUCUUCUAAUGCUAAUAUGUACCCAAGACCAUAUUUCCCGAUGGAGGAAACAAUAGAAGAGGAAAUGCAUGAAGGAAUCGAGUUACAACACAUAACCGAUAAAAGUGAUGGAGAAAAUGUGAUCUACAAGGAUGCCGAUGAUGACGAAAGUGACGUUCUGACGCAGGUGUCAGCAACCUCGAGUCAGGAUCAGUCCAGUUUCCUCAUUAGCCCUUACUGGCUUCAGGACGAAAGACUGCGAAGAGGUGUGGUGGAUUUUCUAUCGAACGAUGAAGAAGAAUUUUGGAAAGAUCUGAUUGGAAAAUACUUGCGACCCAUUGAAAGCGAUGAAGAGAGUCAAAACAAAAUAACUCAGGAACUGAUGAACUCUCGUGAUGCGUAUUUAUCGAAAUUCUUCAUGUUAAAUGCUUUGUUUGUACUAAUCGUGUUCCUUAUGCAGUUAAACAAAGAUACCCUACAUUUGCAAUGGCCACUUGGAAUGAAGUACAAUGUUACAUUCAAUUCGGAAAGAUUUGAGGUACAUUUAACGAAAGAAUAUUUAAGACUCGAGCCGAUAGGAUGCCUAUUUAUUGCCGCGUUCAUCAGUAUAUUAGGUGUCCAGUUCUGCGCUAUGCUAGUUCAUCGAUUCGUCACAUUUUCCCAUGUACUCGCCAAUACAAAACUUCCUUGUACUAAGGUAACUUCUUCGGAAGAUGGCGUUUUCGAAAAGCACGCUGAUAAAAUAGCGCAGACACUUCAACGCAUGGCGGAGGACGACGUGAUAUUCGAACUUAGACGAAGUACCGUGACUUGUCCUAGCAAACAAAGUGUGCACAAAUCAACGAAAAAUUCGAAGGGAUCGUUGAAGAUAUUGGGAAACUUUGAAAAACUAUUUCGACGAAAGCUUCAUGAUCCAAGUUCAGGUAUACGUGUUCUUAACGUGUUUAAAAUUUUCAUAAACUUUGUGUAUCAAUAGAUCAGUGAGAAUACUAUUCAAAUUAUGGGAGAAUCCUGGAGAUUUUAAAUUCAGAACGCACUCAUCUUCUAAAUUGUACAUACAUACAUAUAUAUCACGAGAGAAAAACAGGAAGAAAGAGAAAAUAUGGAUACGGAAAUUCAAUCGCGUAUAUUGAGUAUCGUGGAUAAGCAACUAAACGACGUAGCGACAUUGUUUCGAUUUGGUGCUUUCAAACAGCUUCUAUAUAAAACAAUGUCAUAUAAUUCCAAAUGGAAUUAUCGGUUUUUGCUUACGCUUGCUUUUAUGGAAGAGGUAGUGUAAUAAAAACAUUUCUAGUGUUAAAAUAAAUAGUACGUAGCUAAGGUAACCACACGUGAC